AUGGUCUCUGUUGAGCAAAUCAAAGAGACACAUCAUGCGGUAGCCGUUACUUCUCUGACUAGCAGUCAGGUAUCGCUCGCUCAUCCCGACGAGAGCGCUACGCCGAAGCUUAGUGUUGACGAUGAAGUUGACUACCCGGACGGAGGCUCUGUUGCCUGGCGUCAAGUAGUAGCUUGCCAUUUCAUCAACGCUAUGGCUUGCGGCUAUGGUGCAGCUUUUGGAAUAUAUCAGCUUUACUACACAGAAUCACUUAAACUUCCUGCAUCGCAAAUCUCGUGGAUCGGGUCCGUCCAGAUCUUCCUAAACAACUUGAUCUGCACUGUAGCUGGGCGACUAGCAGAUGCGGGAUAUGCGCGAGAGACGGUCCUCGGCGGGUCCUUCCUUGCUUUGAUAGGCACUUUCAUGAGUAGUCUUGCCACUGAAUACUGGCAGAUCUUCCUUUCUCAGGGAGUCUGUACAGGCCUAGGUUUAGGUCUGAUGUAUAUGCCUACUAUCACUAUCGUUGCGUCGUACUUCAAGAAUAGGCGCGCACUGGCCCUAACACUUUCUUCAGCUGGUACCGGAACAGGGAGUAUAAUCUUUCCCGCCACUGUCCAAUACCUCAUACCUAAGAUCGGCUUCGCUUGGUCCGUACGCUGCGCAGGAUUUGUCGCUCUGUUCAUGGUUGUGGUCAUGAAUGUACUUCUUCAGCCACGUCGCCUCCCCAAGAAAACUGGACCCGUGGUGGAGUGGGCUGCUUUCAAAGAGCCCCCUUACGUGCUCUUCGUCGCAGGAGCAUUCUUGGUCUACUGGGCCUUAUAUUUCGGUUACUUUUAUGUCAACACAUACGCUAUUACAGUCGCCUCCUUUACACCUACGUCUGCCGUUUCACUGCUGCUUAUCAUGAACGCAGUCGGUAUACCAUCUCGACCAAUAAUCGGGUACCUUGCCGACACUUACCUAGGCCCUAUUAAUGCUUUUAUCCUAUCGACCAUCACCCUAGCCGUCGCCUUCUUUGCAUGGAUCGCCAUCAACACGCCGUCUACCAUGUACGUUUUCGCGAUCGUCUUCGGUAUCACGAACAACGCGGCUCAGGGAGCCUUCGCCAGCGGUCUAGCCAGUCUGACUAAGGAUCCUGUGAAGAUGGGUACCAGGUUCGGCAUGUGUUGUACUAUACUAGGAUUCGCGACGGUUGCUGGGCCCCCUACUGCAGGUGCGAUUAUCGACUACUGCGGCGGCCAAUACCUCUGGGCUCAAGUCUGGGCUGGCUUGGUCACAAUCCUCGGAGCAGCUACCCUGGCCGUAGCUAGGUAUAAGGUAUCAGGCGCCAAGUUUAUGGUCAAAGUAUAG